AUGGCGUCGUGCAAACGGCCGUGCUGCAGCCGCGGUGCUGGCGUGUCCAACAAGCGGCCGUGCUGCAGGGACGGCGGCGUGGACGGUGCGUCGACGUCGUCGUCGGCCGGCGGGUCGGCGACCCUCCGGUCGCCCGACUCGCUGUUGGACAUCACCGCCCGGAUAGUGGCCGAGAACAUACCGUUCCAGCGAAUCGAGGAACGGUACAGCCGCAUACCGGAACCGGUACAGCGGCAGAUCAUCUACUGGUCGUUUCCGCGCAAUGAGCGUGACAUAUUCAUGUACUCUUCGCUGAUACGCGUGUCACAGGCCAGCUCAUCGUCUCAAAACUCCGAACAGAGCAACCUGUCGUUUUACAAAGGACUUAAGCUCCUGGAGACCGGAUGCGUGGACCGGGUGCUGCAAGUCGGAUUCCAUCUGAGUGGUGUGGUGUGGAACCAGAGACCUGGAUCGCCGUCGUACAACCAUCCCGACCAAGAGAACAAAACACACAAAGUGUCAGUCAGCUUCGACAGGUGCAAGAUAACGUCGGUGACAUGCAGCUGCGACACGAAAGACAUAUUCUGGUGCCCCCACGUCGUGGCCUUGUCCUUGUACAGGAUACGGAACGCGGACAGUGUCAGGCUCAGGGUCCCGAUAUCAGAAACCUUGUUGCAAAUGGAUCGACAACAGUUGCAGAAGUUCGUGCAGUAUCUCAUAUCCGAACACCACACGGAAGUGUUGCCCACGGCCCAGAAACUGGCCGACGAGAUCCUGCAGCAGCGUUCCGAGAUCAAUCAGAUUGCCGGAGCGCCCGACCCUACGGCAGGUCCGAGCGCGGACGACGAACACACAUGGCACUUGGACGAGGAACAGGUGUGCGAACAGGUCCGAUCGUAUCUGACGCAUGGCAGUUAUUACAAUGCCAACAAGCAGCUCAACUCGCUUUUCGCCAAGGUGCGUGAGAUGCUCAGGGCCCAAGACUCGAACGGCGCCCGGAUGUUGACGCUCAUCACCGAACAGUUCCUGUGCGAUCCUCGGCUGGCCCUGUGGAAGUCCCAGGGCACGCCAAUCACGGACAAGUGCCGGCAGCUGUGGGACCAGCUGGGCGCCCUGUGGGUGUGCAUCGUGCUCAACCCGCACUGCACGGCCAUCGACAAGGGCCAGUGGAAGACACUGCUGGACAAGUGGACGCACGUCGACAUAUGCCCGCCCGAAGACCCCGACAUGUUGGCACUGCCGCCCGCCUUCAACGACAGAAAUCACCAUCAACUGCCCGAGAAUGGUUCGGACGACGACGUGGACAAUGUCAAUUAUAGGCCUUCAUCUCGGUCUAGCAGAUCCAGCCCGAGGUAUAGAAGUAGUUAUCCGAGCACGAGCCAGCGAAUCAACAGGACGAUAUUUCACAGAGCCUUGGACGCGGUGAGCAUGUCCUGGGACAACAUUCAUCUGAAAAACGUGCUGUCCAGCGACACGUACAGCAGUCACAUACCUGACAGCACGCAAUCGGGCAGCUUCAAUUCGCUAGGACAGCCGCUGUGGCACGAGGCGCUGGCCACUUGCGCUUCUCGCGUAGACGCGCUCCGGUCGCACGGACACCACGCGGCCGCGCUCAGGUUGGCCGUGUGCGUGGUGCGCACGAUGAAGCAGCAGCAAUUGGACGCUCAGCGGCGGUGGCAGGAGAGCCAGAAACCGCCGCCACCGCGGUGUCCGUCCCGACACUCGAACCCGCCGACCCGGUGCUACGAGCUCCGUCCCGCGCAGUCGUGCUCUUACGACACCUACUCGCAAACGCGUCCGUGCUCGUCCCGGUGCGUGUCGUGUCCGAUGGUCGGCGGCGGUGGCGGUGGUUACGACCGUCUGUCCGCUUCGUCGUCCGGCGGCGGUCCGUCGUCGUCUUCGUCGUCGGCCGCCGCCGCUGUGUCGUCCUCGUCGUCCGCUUGCAGCCUGUCCCGGUGCGGUUACAAUGACUCGCGGUCCGGUUACCCCGGCGGUGGUGGCGCAGGCUGUUCCAGUUAUCGGUGCACCGCGUUCGCGGACGCUCCCCGCCCCAAUCUGUGUACCGCGCCUAGGUGCAACAGUUAUUGUACCUACUACGACAAUCAUCCACCUCCGCGCACGCCGGGCGGCCCGAUGUCCGGUGGCGGUGGUGGCGGCUUGGGCAGCGGAAACAUGGGCGGUGGCGGCUCUUCUGGUUACCGGUACCCGGAGCGGACGAACAGCCGGAACGGCGGAAGCAGUUCCCGGGGCAGCGUGGGUGGUGGCUCCAACCAACAGACCGCCGUGCUGCACAACAGCUGGACCGAAGGAUGGGUCGGCCACCCGAUGGAACCGAUCGGCUGCCUGUUCGACACACUGACUGAUGCAUCUAUAGUUCCUGAUCCAAAUGUGCCUCAUUCGCCGUCGUCAUUUUUUGACGCCAACGCAUCCGAAGAGGGCAUCCUGCGACCCACUCCUCGCCUCACCCACAUACCCGUCGUCGGUUCGCAGGACCGCUCCGAAACGUACCUGUCGCUUGCGGUCGAAGUCGCCCUCAUCGGCCUCGGCCAACAGCGCAACAUGCCUCCCGGACUUUACGCUCAGGAGAAGGCGUGCAAACAAGAAGACAGACUGAUAGCCAAACUACAAGAGUUGGACAUGGACACGAAUCUGGUGGGCGUUUUACGCCGACAAGCCAUCGUCCUCCUAGACGGCGGUCCGACCAGUGGCCUGGGCCUAGGCGUGCACAGAGACAGCAUACCCAUGCACACGUUCGCCCGUUUUUUGUUUGUCGCCCUUCUGGACUACUACCCUGAUCUGGCGUACGAAGUCGGCUUGCGGGCCAUGAGAUUACCGAUCCUGGAGGACCACGAAGACUCGGACAAUCCGAACGGUAACCCUUCGUCCGUCAUGCUGAACCGCUAUCCUCGUUGGUUCACGCUGGGUCACAUCGAAACGCAACAAUGCACAUUGGCGUCCACCAUGCUGAGCGCCGCCAAAGGUGAACUACUUCGACUGAGGACCGUACUGGAAUCUGCGCAACGACACAUACACAGUUCGUCGCACCUCUUCAAAUUGGCCCAAGACGCGUUUCGUUUCGCGACUCCCGAGAACGGUCCCAGACAUCCUCCGCUGUUGACCGUCGCCUUCGAACUCGGAUUACAAGUAAUGCGCAUCACUCUGGCUUCGUUGAACUGGCGAAGACGCGAAAUGGUCCGAUGGUUGGUGACGUGUGCCACAGAAGUCGGCAUGGACGCUCUCACCUCCGUCAUGCAAAAUUGGUUUCAAUUAUUCACGCCCACCGAAGCCACAGGACCAGUCGCCACGACCAUAAUGUCUCACAGUACAAUGCUCCGAUUAAACCUAUCGUUUGAACAUCAAGAAAAACUGUCGAGUUACGCACGUACAUUGGCGCUCCAGUGCGCGUCCAAAGACCCUCCGAACUGCGCACUGAACGCUCUGACUUUAUGCGAGAACGAUGCCACUGCGUUCGAAUCGGCUUACCAGAUAGUGCUGGACGCAGCAGCUCAUAUCAUGACCUCAUCACAGCUGUUUACGAUCGCUCGUUACAUGGAACACCGCGGAUACCCUAACCGCGCUUACAAACUCGCAAUGCUCGCUAUGAAGAACGUUCAUUUGGCGUACAAUCAGGACACUCAUCCAGCCAUUAACGACAUACACUGGGCCUGCGCCCUCAGCCACUCUCUGGGCAAAAACGAAUUGGCUACCAUGAUCCCAUUGUUGGUGAAGAACGUGCAGUGCGCCACCGUGCUGUCUGACAUAUUACGUAGGUGUUCGAUGACGCCACCCGGAAUGACUUGUGCCCACGCACUGCCUCCACCUGACACCAGCAAACACCACCAUCACCAUCAUCACCACCAUCACCAUCACCACCACCGGAACAACGGCGGUGGGGGCGGCGGAGGCGGUGGCGGAUCGUCCCGGUGCGGCAUGAUGAAGGGCCUGUCGUACGAACGGGCCCCGCUCCGGAUCCUGCUCGAGGCGGCCGUCGCUGCGUACGUCAACACUACCCACUCGCGGCUCACUCACAUAUCGCCACGCCACUACGCCGACUUCAUCGAGUUCCUGGGCAAGGCGCGCGACACGUUCAUGUUGGCGCACGACGGGCACGCGCAGUUCGCGCAACUGCUCGACAACAUGAAGCUGGCGUACAAGGGCAAGAAGAAGCUCAUGUUCCUCGUCAAAGAGCGGUUCGGGUGACUAGGGCACGGCGCGGUGACGACGCCUUUCCGCAGAUGAUGUCGUCGUUGCCGUGCUCGCACAGUCGCGCGCGUUUCGUUGUGGUGCUGGCGGCGGGGUUGUUAGUGGUCGGGUGGUGCUCCGGUGGUGGCCACGACGUCGUCGAUCGCCAAGUGGUGUUGUUGUUGCUGUUGUUGUUUUGUUGUUGUUGUUUUUGUCGUAUUCUUACAAUAUGACGUGUUAUUACUAUUUCUCAUAUACUUCGCACGACCCGCUUGACUGCGCGACGACGACGACGACGACGACCCACCCACGGUUCGAUUACACUAUUCUUACACCGCAACCCCACGCCCAAACACUACACACAUAUUAUAAAAGGUCGGACGAAACACGAGCGCCGCGUACCGCCGAACAACGGUAAGAGGAGGAAGAAUAAUGAGAAGAAUAAAAAGUCAUCAUCGGUGAAGUUACCUACUAAAACAAAAAAAAAAAAAAUUAUAAAGCUACCAUCACCAACCUACACUACACUACACCAUCACUACCACUAUAAUUAUUAUUAUACAAACUGCGAUCGCGCGCACGUUUACCUCUCGUGUUUAUUAUUAUAAUUAUUAUUAUUUCUCUAUUCCGUCGUUUGUUGGAUUGCCAAACCGUCGACACAUGGUUGACCCACCCUCCCGCCAACAUUCAACCCCCAUCUGACUUAACCCGCAUAUCGUACGGAUAUAAUAUGGGUUUCACAAUAAUGGAUAUAUUUUAUUCCACCGUAAUAUUAUUUAAUAUACCGAAAUAUAAUAAUGAUAAGCACCGCGGUUGAAUGAUUACCGCGCAGUAACAAAUCUCCAUGACUAUAAUCUAUUAUUAUGUAUUUGUACUGAGGGGCCGUCGGUACGCUGUAGUUUAUUAUGACUAUCACUGGACCAAGACAAAGUGAACAUCACGCACUUUGUUUCGGACAAUCUAUUGAUUUUUUUAAUGAUAUUUAUACAUAUUUAUAUGUAUGUAUACAUAUUUUUUGUAUCUAUUUAUUUCUGUAACUGUUGACUGUGAUUGGAUCAAACGAACUCGAGCAAUAUCAUUUAAGUUUUUAUUCAAAAAUAACGUUUAUUUAUUUUAUUAUUUUUAUUUUGUAAUAACAACUUUUAUGAAUAAUGUUGGUUUGUUUGGCACUUUUAUAAAUUCCUAGCAAUUUUAGUCUCGCAUACUUAUCUCUAUGUUUAUUUAUUUUUUAAUCGACAAAUAUAUAAGUUCCAACGAUAUCAUUUGCCAUUAAAAAUGUUUUUGUUUAUUUAAAUACCAAGAAACUACACGCGUUAUAAAAACAAGGACCUACAUUUUCUCAAGCUUCGAAUACAAUAAUAAAUAAAUGUACAUUUUUGUAUAAGUUUUAUUUAAAAUUAAAUUUAUUAUAAUUUUACUUUUUACAUUUGCAUUUACAAUUUACAGUUAAGUAUACACAUUAGUGUAUGUUACCCUUAUGUAUAUGUGCAAUCAGAAUCUUAUUACUUUUUUUGUUAUUUUUUUUGUUUUCGAAAUUAUUUUUGAGUGAUUUUGUGUGAUUUGUAUUCAAAGUGUGUGAUUUUACAAAUUAUACUGAACCAACACUAGAAUAUUAUAUUUUUAAAUAUAUGUAUCCUAAGUCUAAGAAUUAACAGUUGUAGUUACAAAAUAAAAAUAAAUCCUCAUCUCUGAGAUCAUUAAACAAUGAUGAAUUGGUCCCGAAUGUU